ACAACAUUCCACUGUUAACCUUUGUAUUUCUAUCCUGCUCUGUCACUAAACACAUCACACCAUACCCUAUCACCAGACUUGCUAUAUAUACCAAAAUAUCUAUUCGUCUCUUUCAUAUCAAGCACAGCAACCAGAUACCCCUGAUCUCCUUCAUUCAUAAUGGCUCCUAAGAUCGCCAUUGUCUAUUACUCCACUUACGGUCAUGUCCGCAAGCUAGCCGAGGCCGAGAAGGCUGGUAUUGAGAAGGCUGGCGGCACUGCCGAUAUCUUCCAGAUCCCUGAGACUCUCCCUAAGGAUGUCUUAGCUAAGAUGUACGCUCCGGGUCCGGCUGCCGACGUCCCUGUUCUAGAGGACCCGGCUACCCUUGAAUCCUACGACGGCUUUCUUCUCGGAAUCCCAACACGAUACGGAAACUUCCCCGCUCAGUGGCGCGUGUGGUGGGACAAGACGGGCAAGCAAUGGCAAAGCGGUGCCUUCCAUGGCAAGCUCGCAGGUCUAUUCAUCUCCACUGCCUCCUUAGGGGGUGGUCAGGAGUCGACCGCAUUGGCUGCCAUGUCCACUUUCGCCCACCACGGUAUCAUCUACGUACCUUUCGGCUACGCUAAGGCCUUCGGUACCCUAACCGAUCUUUCUGAGGUCCACGGCGGUGGCCCGUGGGGUGCUGGUACCUUCGCUGCUGGUGACGGUUCGCGACAGCCUACCGAGAAGGAGCUUUCCAUUGCUGAGAUCCAGGGUACUGAGUUCUACAAGACCGUUGCUAAAUUCGCCUCCGGCUCCGCAUGACUGCAUGGUGGCGAGAAGAAGGA